GAAUUCGAAGGCUCAGAGAAGAAGAAGAAGAAGAAGAAGAAGAAGAAGCUCCUCGAAAGUUCCAAUCGAUUUGAUCAUCCAAAUCAGGAGGCACUGCUAAUACUCUGCGCAAUUGAUAAUGUUCUACAGAGGAUAUGGAGAUGGUCCUGAUGGGCGUGAGAUGGGACCUAAGCGUCAAAGAAUGAUUGAUCAAGGUCCUCCUGGACCAUUUUAUGGACCUCAUCCUGGUUCUGGCUUUAUGUAUAACCCUUAUGGAUUUGUUGCUCCUCCUCCACCUCCUCCUUUUCCUGCGGUUCGACUCCGUGGUUUACCCUUUGAUUGCGCAGAGAUUGAUGUAGUAGAGUUUUUUCAUGGUUUGGAUGUGGUUGAUGUCUUGUUUGUUCACAAGAAUAACAAGGUCACUGGAGAAGCCUUUUGCGUUUUGGGUUAUCCCCUCCAGGUUGAUUUUGCUCUUCAAAAGAACAGGCAGAACAUGGGAAGGAGAUAUGUAGAAGUUUUUAGGAGUACGAAACAGGAGUACUAUAAGGCUAUUGCUAAUGAGGUUGCGGAAUCUCGUGUCCAUGGUAUGGCUAGUGGCGGUGGUGGAGGUGGCGGUGGAGGUACAGGUGGUGGUAGUGGAGGUGGAGGUGGUGGCGGUGGAGGUCGAAUUAGUGGUGGAAGUUCACCUCGCAGACAUGUGCAGAGGGCUAGAUCGAGUGAUGAUGGAAAAGAGGAUAUUGAACAUACAGGUACCUUGAGACUGAGAGGAUUACCGUUCUCAGCAGGAAAGGAAGACAUACUUGACUUCUUCAAAGAUUUCGAGCUGUCUGAAGACUCUGUUCAUGUGACUGUUAAUGGUGAAGGGAGACCCACUGGGGAAGCAUUUGUGGAGUUUAGGAAUGCAGAAGAGUCACGAGCUGCAAUGGUUAAGGAUAGGAAGACGCUUGGGAGCCGUUACAUAGAAUUGUUUCCUUCAUCGGUUGAAGAGUUAGAGGAGGCACUAUCAAGAGGAAGGUGAUACAGCAUCUCUCAAGGUAGUUUCAUACCUCUUCUCAAUGGUUUUCCUAAAAUCACAAUUCCGAUGCAUCGAUGGUUCGGGUUUUGAUGUACUAUCUGGUCAGAGAACUAGUUUUAUCCAUUCUUUAGAUUUUGUUGUGCUGUAUUGGUCAAAAGUUCCAUGCACCUGCAACAAUAGAGUCAGUUUUGAUUCACUUGCGUUGUUAUCGUAAGAACCCUUGUUGGAUUGUAACAUUAGGCUUCACUGAAGUUGUGGGAAUAGGAAUCUUGAAUUCUUGAUUGAUACUCUUGUCUGUGAGACAUGUGGUUAAACUGUCACCGUCUCAAGGUCGUCAGAAACCUUGAAUAGAUGAAUCGUUUUGGACUCUUUGUAGUAUUUGUAAACAAACUGGAGAAAUCAAUUUGUCCUUAUUGA